AUGGAAUGUAAGAUCAGUGCAGUCGUUUUCAGCUCUCCUUCAGAGGAGCUCCUGGGCCUGCAUCUAUAUUUUCCAAUACUCCUCUCUGUCUGUUGUAAACUAAACUGUAAAUCAUGUGAUUUCUCUUUUCAGGGGGGCUUUCCGUCAGGAUUGGACUCUGUCAGAGGGACCCGCCACCACGGGCUGGUGGAGAGGGUCCACCGGGACCGCAACCGCAUCAACUCCCCCCAUCGCAGACCCGUCGACAAGCACGGACGGCAGAUAGAGAGCUCUCCGUACGGAGCCGUCUACCUGUCCCCCCCUCUGGACAACAACUGGAGAAGGCUCCAGCCGUCUGGAUCAAACAGAAAUGUAUAUAUCGAUGACCGAAUGUCCAGGACAGAACUGGGGCAGGGCGACGGGCGGAGCUGUUAACCUUUAUUUGUGCACAAGUGCUGUGCUAGCCCUGGGAAGGCUGAGACAACCUAAAGAUGUUUGACAGAUAGCCUUUUGCUUUAAAGGUCAUGCCCAACAGCCGACAACCUACUGUUAAGGAAUUGUAUGUUGUCACAGCACAACUUCCCAGAAUCUCCAGCCUAGCACAUAUU